AUGAGCGGCGCUAGAAGAGCGCGGCUACGCAGGUUCAGCUGGCGCGAGGCGAUGGGUGGGCGGGUCUUCGGCGAGCCCGCACGCGAAAAUUGCUGGAGAUGCAGGUGGGGUGAGUCGGUCUGCUUCCACAGUUACAAGAAGCCGGCAUCGCCCAGCGCCAGCAUCCGUGACAAGCUAGGGAGUGUUGCGGCCAGGCAGAGCGCCAUCAACCUGGACUGGGUGCGCACCGCGAGCCCAGUCAACGGCAGCGACCGCUGCGUGCACACCAACCGCGGCAACUGCGCCACGUGGCCACUGUUCUUCUGUGACAUGAAGAGGAGCCAGAAGCUCCUCAGCCGGAACCUGCAGCGCGCGCUGAACGAGACGGGCGAGUGCCUGGUGGACGGGACGGCACUGUAG